UUCCCAAAUGCCGGUAUCUUCAGCUGAAUGAAGAGGAUGUUCUGUAUUGUUCCAUGUAAUGAAAUCAUCACUGGUGAAAAGAGCAGCUAUUCCGCGCUUUCCUUGUUGAGUACCGAUAAUUACUCUCCACUUACCAUCCGGUAGUUGCCAUGCAGUGGAUGGAUCUCUGAAAGAAGAAGCGUCGAUAAUGUUGCUGUUAUUGGGUGUGCCAACCAUUAAUGGAUUUUGGGGGAUCUUAACCCAUUCCUUAAGGUACCAUAAAGGAAGAUUUGGAGUGGAAGGGAGGAUCUAGUUGCAACUGGUUCUGCUCAAUAUGUGUUCAAUGGGAAAUAUAGCAUCAAGAACAUGUACAAAUCUUUGAAGGGUGAAAGCCAGAAGGUGGAAUGGAAAAGGCUAAUAUGCAACAAUUCUGCUAGUCCAAAGAGUGUGUUUGUUCUUUGGCUGGCCAUUCAGAAUAGGCUUCCCACCAAGGAUAGACUACUCAGUUGGCAUAUGGAUAUUGAUGGCACCUGUGUUUUGUGUAACCAAGUAGAUGAAUCUGUUGAGCAUCUUUUCUUCAGCUGUGACUAUGCCAGUGCUGUCUGGGAUACUGUGAUCCAGAAAGUUGGACAUGGAGAGACAAGUGUGUCAUUUACUGAGGAGAUUACUAGAGCAGCAAAGAAAUGUAGAAGAGGAAAGAUCAGGAACAAAGUGUUCAGCUUAGCUUUCACUGAGACAGUGUAUCAGAUUUGGCUUCAAAGGAAUCAGAGGAUCUUCACUAGCAAAGCUGACCCUGCUACUACUGUUGUUAAUCGAAUUUUGUUUAAUGCUUCUAGCUUGUAGAUGUACUGAUGAGAUGAGUGAACAAUUAUUGUAGUUUGUAGGCUUACUGUGUUGGUGUAAGUCUGGUAGAAUGGCCUGCUUGUGGUCUAGGUGUUUCUGAUGACUGGUGUAAUAUCUCAUUUUUGGAAAUAAAUAAAUACAUUUUAUUUGCCAAAAAAAAAAAAGGUACCAUAAAGAUUUAGUUGUUUUAGACUUCAUGUUAACAUGUAUUUAUAAGUUAAUGUGCAUUAAACAACAAUUGUUAGUAAGUUAAGAUGGUAAUGAGAGUUAUUCUCCAAACUUGAGAUCUUGUUUUCGAACCUUAUUGUAUUGAUUGAAGUGGCGUAAAUAGGAAAGUUUUACGUGGCACAUAAACUUUAUUUGCAACGCCUUUUAAUAUAUCAGUAUAGAUAAAAUUACAAUUUGAUUCAAUUCGAACAUGGGACCUUUAGCAUCUUAGUCAACUUUUAUAUAUGAUAUUUAUUGCACAUAAAUAUAUACUUUGUUUAUACCUUGAAACAUUCAGGUGAAUAUUAUAUACUAGUAGUUAGGGCAUCGCCCGGUCAAACACCAAUUUUAUUGUAAAAGACCGUUUGACAGUUUAUUGAUUGUCAAAGUAUAUACCAUGUCAACCAUACCCUAGUAACUGACAUACAUUCUAUUAUGAAUGAUCUUAUAGUCGAGUAGGUGUCAUACAAUCCGAUAGGAGACUAUAUGUACGACCCUAAAUUUAAGUGUUCCCUAACCCGCUGGAAAUAGGGUACCCAUCUCUCAAAAGUAGAGCUGGCAAUAGGCGGUUUGUGUUGGGUCAACAUCAUGUCGACCCAUUUGUAAACGGGUUUAGAUUUAUUCAACCUAACCCGACUUAUUUACGUAAAGGGAGUGAGAUCCUCAACCCAACCCAACCUGAUUAUAAAUGGGUUAACCUAAGGUGACCCGUUUAAGGUUCUUUUUUCUGUAUGUGUAAAUCGAAUGACCUUUAAAACUUAAAAGGUAAUUUUUUUCGAGGUAGUUCUCGUAGCAAAAACUAAUACUCCAAUACUCUGUAUAUUUGGCAGGAUUUCAAAACCUCAAAUAUUAUUUAUUAUUGUUGAAGGGAAAAAAAAUGAGAAAUAAAAUCUUCCAAAAAAUAUUUUGUAGAGCUGCACUACAUCCUUGCUUGAAUGUUGAAUGAUUGGCGAAAUAAUUCAGUUGAAAUAACUUUUGAUAAAUGAAUGAAGGAAAGUAAGAAAGUAAAAUUGGUCAUCCAAUUCUAAGAAGAUGCGACACUCAGAGGCUAAGAAAGAGCUCAUUAUUUACUUCUUUUUCUCGUCUUAAUUGCUUCAUUGUUAUUUAGCAAUUCAACAUAGAUCUGAUGCUUUGUUGUUGAUGUAGUGUAAUUAAGAACAAAUCUAGGUUGAGAAUCUUUGAGAUGAGUUAAAUAAGAUAAAUAUUGAGAGGGAAGAUUAGGUAAUGACAGCUGUUAGGUGUUAGUUUACUCCAUCCGUCCCUUAAUACUCGCACCGGUUUGACCGGUGCGGAGUUUAACACACUUGAAUUGACUUAUUAAUUUAAUGGGUGAUAGUUGAUAAUAGGGUGUUUUUUUAAUAUAGUUAAUAGGAAAUGUGUGAGGAGAUAGUGGGGGUGUGAAUUUUUAAAUGAUUUUUUUGUAGGGAGUGGGUUAGUAGGUAAGUGUGAGAAAUAAUAUAAUAUUGGUAAAAAGUUUCUAUUUAUAGAAGCAGUGCAAGUAUUAAGGGACGGCACGAAAAGGAAAGCGGUGCGAGUAUUAAGGGACGGAGGGAGUAAUUUGUAAAAGCUUGAAAGACCAAAAUUUAAAUUUUUAUGCGGGUUGACCUGGCGCAAUUAAUUAUAUGGUGGGGGUUGCUUUUGGGUUGAAAAUUUCAACCUUACCCAAUCUAUUUAAUGAAACGGGUUGGUUUGAGCUCACCCAUUUAAUUAAACAGGUUGAAAAUCUUGACCCAAACCUUUAAUAUUAGUUGGGUUUACAUGGGGUUGACGGAUUGGAUAAGUUUUUGCAAACUCUACUCAAAAGUUCCUUGCUACAAUGUGGCACAUACAACUACUAAAAAGCAAAUUAAGACUUUUGUAAACCAAAAAGGGGAGACGAGAUAAUAGGAAACUAACCAUUUG